UCCUGCCUUAGUUUCACUCAGACUCACAGCAGCAGCAGCACCAGCAAUGGCAGCCGGGCAGUGAGACACAUGUCACAACAGUCUGAGAGCAGAAAAACACUUUCGCUGAGGCCGAGGGAACAUCAAUAAGAAAAAACAUGUCUCGGCACAGAAAUGUUCGAGGUUACAACUACGAUGAAGACUUUGAAGAUGAUGACAUGUAUGGCCAGUCUGUGGAGGAUGACUACUGCUGUAUAUCACCAGCAACAGCAAACCAGUUCAUAUAUUCACGUCAAGAGAGGCAUGCACCAAGGGAGGAGCCUUUAGAGGAGGAAGAAUAUGAGGAUGAAGAUGUACCAAUGUCUCCUACUGUCAGUCACAAUCUUGACCCUCUUGAUCAAGCCAAGCUGUAUUCCUGCCUGGACCAUAUGCGGACUGUGCUGGGAGAUGCAGUGCCAGACUCGGUCCUGACCCAGGCAGCCAUACGGUGUGGAUUUGACCCACAGAGGGCACUUGAUGCAGUCCUGUCUGAAGACACUAAGACAGCUCCUGUUACCAGAAGUACUAGUGAAGAGAUGACUUCAGUAGCAAGAGUUACUCAGGAGAUCACCCCGCUUCCACAAAGAGUCAAAAGAGAGUCCGCUGCAGAGAAAGGAGCCUGCUUGUCUGCUUCUCACACAGACAUUACACCCAAGACACAUAAAAUUCUGACUGAACGGUGCAAACAUUCACAACCUCAUGUGCAGGACAACGCACUAAACUUAAGUGAUCUUUUAACACAAAAUAAGACUGACCCUGUGGCUAGGAAGUCUGAAACUACAAACUUAGUGAGUCAAAAUCCAGGUGUUAGCAGUGCAAUCAGUUUGUCACAGCUCAUGUCUGAGCAUGUGCAGAAGAGUAAAGUGUUUGGAGUAGACGCAGGUUGUGGUUUAGGUGUUCCCUCAUUAGGUGCUCUCACCAUGGGACCUAGUUCACCUAGUCAGAAUAGCCUCUCAUUGGGAACGUUGGCAUCUUUAGAUAUGUCUGCCACAUCACAAGGCUCAGCUCCCUCCCUGCUUUCAGAUUCACUCAGUAGUCUGUCAAUAAACAAUCCCAAGAUGAACAUGACAAACUCCUCUCUGACUCCGCCGCCUGGAUUGGGUAGUCUCAGUUCUGUCAUUCAGAGCAAUCAGCACUCUGCAGGAGUUCGGACUGGAAUUAAAACCACAAUGGUGGAUCCUAAGGGAAGCCUAUCAUUGGCUGAUUUAAUCCAGGAGCAUUCCAACCGCAGUCCAACAACCAUAAACUCUUUCCCUACUCAACAAAGCAAGGGACCUGCUGCACCAGCACAAACCCUUUCUCUGUCUGAGCUCGCGUCACAGCACCAAAACAGGAACACAAGCUUUCAGGGGCAAUCUCAGAGCACUGGACGACUUGCAAACACACUCAACUAUUCCGAUCCAACCAACAUCACUCUUGCAUCAUGUUUAGGUGGGACUGUCUCAUUGUCACGGCUAGCCCUGCAGCAUCAAAUCAGUACUGAACUUCCAGCAGAUGCACUGAAACCGUCACCUGCCUUUUCUGAGCCACUCUCAAGUUUGGCGUGUACACAUAAAGGCAAAACCUCAACCACCUCAAAUGGGUCACAAUACUCUAUCACCUCGCUCCUCUCACCAGAAAAACCAGAGAGGGCUGGCGUUUUGGCAGAAAAUACUGCACAGGGCGGAAUGAAGUGUCAACUCGACCACAGACUACACCACCAAAGAAACAAGCCACCUAAGCCGAAGCAGGCUAUUGAUUUGAGCACGCUCAUGGCCCAGUCAGAGGGAGUGAGUCCUGGUUUCCUCGACCAGGACCUCCCUUCACCGUCCUCUCCAUCUUCGGUUGCCUCUGUGUUUGCACAACCAUCAGUGUUUGCGAUAACUUUGUCGAUUCAGAACCGCAGACAACGGAGGAGGAUGAGGACUGUGUUGAAGGGAAGAAUGAAAGGUCAGAGGAAAGGAAGUGGUAACCAGGCCUUUCUCACUAAAUCACAAGACAAAACAAACGAGCAGCAGAGCCCCCUCUCACCUGUCGUACCGUUCAGCUUCGACACACCUUCACCUGAUGACAUUGUGCGUGCCAACCAGCGAAAAGCUUUCACCCGAUAGACGAUGAUAUAAAAGAUCUUAUAGAAGUGAACUUCAUUCAUCUUGGUGCUGAAUUUACUCUGUUGGAUGAGGAUCUUGCAUCAUUUUUGCAGUUUUUCUUCCCAAAAUGACCUGGUUCAAUGAGAUUCAGCUCUCAGGCCCAGCAGUGAUUGUGAGGCUUUUUAGGUGAUCAGGCACAUAGAAGACCUUUUAGGACCAACCGUUUCUGCUGAUCUGCCUAAAAACUCUGCUUCAGACAGUAUUUCUACAUCUUUUGAAAACAAGUCUUAUAUCACCGUUAUUUGAAAAACAAUAAUGUUUAAGACAAACUAGAUCACAGAUGAACUACUUAGUCAGCCUGGCAGCUUGAAAUGUAUUGCAGCUAAGUAACAAAGGAUUUUAAGUAUUUUAACAUAUUUUAGAACUUUUUCUUAUUUUGAAUUCUUAUUUUUGUACACUUGGAUGGCAACUUGCUUUUUUUAAAUUUACAUUUUUGGAUAAACGAUUAACAGAUUAAUCUUAGACAGGGAAAAUGAUAUCAUGUCAUGUCUGUCUCCAUUUUUUGCUUCUUCCCUCAUUUUGAGCAGCAUGAAACCUCAAAAGGCAAAAAAUGGGGUUGAAUUUGUCUGCAGGUGUGCUGCAGCUAUUGGAAAAUGGAUCAGUUAACCAUUGUGCUGGUUUAAAGCUGCCUGUGUUUGAGAUCAUGGGGUAGACAUUUUGGUUUGGAGGGCACCUGGAGAUUUUCCCAUGAGGGAGUGAGCAUGUGCAAACACACAAACACUUACAAAGAGAAUGAACAAUUUAACUGUUUGAUAUUGAAGUUAGUACUUAGUACAAUUGCAAGCACUGAGAAUAAAGAGAGUCUAAAGGAAUACCUGAAUAUGCGAGGUUAAAGAGCCUUUUUAAAUCUUUGAAGAUUUUAAUAUUAUGAUGUGCUAAUGAGGAUUGUUAUUCUGGCUGUGUCAUCACACGCUGCCAGAGGUUAAUUUGUAAAUUUUCAAAUAAAGAUGACUGAGUUUAUGUACUCUUAAAAGCACCUGCGUCUGGGCGUGUCUCUCUGGUUGUGUUUGGGUUGUGUCUAUCCAAGCAAAAAAAUCUGUGUUUUAAGAGUUGUUGGAUCACAUUAAUUCAGUGUAACAAGUUGAAACAGUGCUCCUCAUCCUACUUAAGACAAAAACCAGGCAGAGUAUAUCUUAAGUGUGGUAUGUAAAUAAAUUUAAAACAAUUGAUGAUGCAAGUUCUUGACAUUUUAGGCCUUCAUUAAAAAGUAAAACUAUUACAAAUUCUAGAUUAAUCUCAUACAAAGUGAAACAUUGCAAGAAUUCUUUUGUUUUAAUGUUGAUGAUCCCAGUUUACGGCUCGUGAAAAUCUAAAAUCCGCUAUCCUAAAAUUUUAGAAUAUUGUUGAAAAGUUCAAUUUGCUAAGGUUUCCCGAGCCUUUAUUCUCCAAGUCUGGUUCAGUUCACAAAACCCCAUCAUGGGGAAGGCUGCUGACUAGACUAUUUUCACUUGGAGGACAAGACACGGAAAGUCACUGCUGAAAGGGCAGUAUCAAAGAAUUUUAAUGGAAAGUUGACUGGAAGGUGUGAUAAGAAAAGAAGCACAAACAACAGGCCUUCAGAGGGUUUUCAUACAGAGCAGAUUCAAGAACUUUAAACGGAUUCAAAAGGAGUUGACUGAGGCUGGACUCUGUAGAUCAAAAGCCACCACACAGAUCCAGAACGUGGACGUCAGGUGUUGUGUUCCGGGUGUCGACCCACUCCUGAACUACAAACAUCAUAAGUGUCUCACCUAGUCUAAGGAGAAAAAGAACUGGACUGUUGCCUAGUGGUCCAAAGUCUUGUUUUCAGAUAAAAGUAAACUUUAUGUGUAAUUUUGAAAUCAAAGUCCCAGAGUCCAGCCAGUGAUGGUUUUGGGAGCCAUGUCAUCUGCUGGUUUUGGUCCACUGUGCUUCAUCAAGUCCAGAGUCAACGCUGUCAGCCAUCCAUCCACCAGGAGAUUUUAGCACACUUCAUGCUUUCAUCUGCUAAGAAAUUUAUGAAGAUACUGAUUUCCUUUUCCAGUGGGACUUGGCACCUGCCCACAGUGACGCCAACACUACCAGAAACUGGUUUACUGUGCAUGGUGUUGUUGUGUUUGCUUGGACAGUGAACUGGACUGGUGUUUUGAUUUUGAUGAGCUGUAAGCCGUAAUCAUCAAGAUUAAAACAACUGAAGUCUUGAAAUAUUUCACUU